CUGUUUGAAACUUCAUUUUCACCAGGUCAAAAAGAACUUUUUUACAAUGGGGCGUUGGAUGAAGCCUGAGGUGUACCCUUUGGUAGGUGCAAUGGCCUUUGUGACAAGCAUGUGUGUCUUUCAGCUUACCAGGAAUGUUUUCUUAAAUCCUGCUGUCAGGAUCAACAAAUCGGAUCGUAGCAAGGCAGUGCUAGAGAACUACGAGGAAGGAGAAAAAUACGCAGAGCAUGGACUUCGCAGAUUCCUUCGAACUCGUCCCCCAGAAAUAAUGCCAGCCGUUAACCAUUUCUUCUCUAAACAUGAAUGAAUCAUCGCUCCAAAUCAACUAUAUCUUCUCUGCCUUACAUGAAUUUGUUUAUUUAUAAAUAACAAAAUAUCUAUAUAUAUACACACUUGUAUAUAUUUCGUUUUGGUUUGGAAUUUGGUAUCUGGAUUCACAGAACUAAGGCUUUCUUGUUAUAUAAACUGUAUGCCUCUUGUUUAGUUUAAAAUGAGUAAAGCACGGUUUGCUUUUUGUUC